AUGAAGUACAACACAUUCUUUGCGAUUGCCGUCUUUCUUGGAAAUACUUUGGCAACUCCCGUUCCCAAUAAAGCCGCGCUUUUGGAUGCGGACGCCGUAGCAAACCUUCAAGCCAGACACCCGCGUGGACCUUCGAACCAGGGAAACAAUGGAUCUAACGGGGGAUCUGGAUCUAAUCAGGGCUCUGGAAGUAAUCAGGGCCCUGGAGCUGUGCCACCUGUGCCACCAGCUGUCCCAGCCAACAACCCUCCUCCGACCACUCCUACGUCAACCAAGACGACUUCUAGUGUUAUAAUCUCCACUACAAGGGCCCUAGUUUCAAGCACAACCAGUACUAAAACAUCGUUGACCAACUCUAAUACUGGAACAACGUCCUCAAGCACUGUCCAAUCCACCAAUGGAGCUAGCUCUACUACAGCCAUCUCGUCCAGUACGGAACCUAUACCUUCAAGCGCUAGUGAAUCCAACGAUGAAUCUAGCUUUCCUACGGCCGUUCUUCCCAUCUCAGAAGGUUUAUCCUUGGUCAACAGCCAUCUUACCAAUGAACCUAUGUCAACCACAGCUGUUGUGUCUAGUAUGGAGCCUAUCUCGAGUACUGGCGUACCCGCCGAAGAACCCAUGUCAACUACCGCUAUUGUCUCUAGUAUGGAACCUAUCUCUACUACAGCUGUUGUAUCCAGCAUGGAACCUAUUCCGAACAAUACUGAAUCCGCCGACGAACCUAUCUCGACUACAGCUGUUGUGUCUAGCGUAGAACCUACCCCAAGCGCUACUGAAUCUGCCGAUGAACCCGUCUCUACUACAGCUGUUGAGUCUAGUAUGGAGCCUAUCCCAAGCGCUACCGAUUCCGUUGAUGAACCUAUCACUACUACAGCGGUUGAAUCUAGCAUGGAACCUAUCCCGAGCGCUACCGAUUCCGCCGAUGAACCUAUCACUACCACAGCGAUUGAAUCUAGCAUGGAGCCUAUUACUACUACAGCUGUUGAAUCUAGCAUGGAGCCUAUCACUACUACAGCUGUUGAAUCUAGCAUGGAGCCUAUUUCGAGCACUAGCGGAUCCGAAGCCCCUACAUCGUCAUUUAUUACUUCCACUGCUUCGUCCACUACAGAAAGUUCUUUCGUCACUUCGUCGCAACCUCCGGCUUCACCAACCAUUAGUCCUUGCUUUGAAAUCUGGGGCGCCGAACAGCUGGGCGAGAUAUUGGAUGGGGUCGCGUGUUAUCUACCUACUGUAACCGGCGCUAGCUUUGGAACAUCUGCAGUACUCUCGACAUCUACGGCACCUGAUAAUGCCCCCAGCAGUUCUGUGGUAUCUAGGGAGUCUUUCACGCAAAUCUUGUCCCAAGCCGUGGCGACUACUCUUGUAACCUCGGCAACUUCAGGUUCCCAAGGUGUAUCUCCUUCUGCGUCUGCUAUCUAG